CCUACCCCGGCGUACUGUGCACGGAGACGUUUUCUCCCUGUCUACUACCUCUCGAUUUCCUGAUGCACGAUGACUUUCGGAUUGGAAAUUGCUCCACGAAACAGGUUUUCCCCCGUCCACCCGGGGGGAACCUCGUAUGGAGCAAGACAAUGGCGCCUUGGCCGCACACACCACCUCCCAGUCCCGACCGUCUGACGCCCACGAGGACCUGCGGAAGGAUGGAGGACGGACGGAGUAUAGUCUAGCUGGGAGCUACUUUACGAUGGCCACCAUCCCCAGAGCUGAUUAAUCCGGCCUGGCCUGCACCGGUCGUUCACCAAGGAGGUGGGGCAUGGCUGUCCAGUGGAGAGGUGACCGGGAUGGCACUCGGACCUUCUGCGCCGGGAAAGUCCAUUCACAUCACAAGGUGCUCUCACCGUCGUCAUUGUGCUGCCGCCGGGCUGGCGCCUGCGUCCCUUCGUGGGGGACCUCCGGCAAGUAAUCGGGCAGAGAGAUGCCCUGGAUCUGGUCGCCCAAUGUGGGCGUGGACGGGACUGGACUGGACGAUGCAUGCCGUAUGCACAUGUACGAGUAGUUACGGCCCAGGUACAUCCCUACCUACAGAGUACAGACAGCCAUCCAGUCGACACUGGAUCGGCAUUGGCUCGCUGGAGGAACCCUUCCAGCCCCAGUGCUUGAGACGUGAUACAAUCGAUGCAGCAACAUCCAUCGCUACCACAAGUAUGUAUGCACCUGACAUGCAAACCGACGGUAUACGUCAUUUCCUCCGCGACCCAUCCAUCUCGACAGAUGGUGCGCGUGGUCGGUCUACGGACUCGGAUGGACCAUUGGAUCGGCCGCCAUCACCGCCACCUCCCAUACUUCAGGAUAGACUCUGCGCGAAACCCCUUCAACCCUUCAACCCGGCAGGGUGUCCGUCUCGUUUAACUGAGCUUGAUUCUGGGUGGAAUUAGGGAACUGCGCCGGUGGCUUGGUUCCCCAGACGAUUGUUUAUUCGGGACCACUUCUGCAACCGUGUCGAUGCUCCCGGAUUGGGCUAGAGCCUCCACGAUGCCAUGGUUCGACGAGGAGCGACAGGUCCGGGGAGAUCCAACGAGCAUGCCUUGAAGGGGAUUUGGAUCAAAGAGCAACGUGUCUCGAGUUGGCGGGGGUGUAGACUCGGACGAUUCAUCCAGUCGUGCU